AUGAGCUGGAUCGGUAGAACAGCAGCAACGGGGUCUUUAUUUUCUGCCCCACCUGCGCAUACCAUGUCCAAUUUUAGACAUCUGAACUACCCAGCAUUGAAGUCCUUGUUAAAGUAUUUGAACCCAAGUUUGAGAUUCCAACUCUUCACCGGGUGUCCUUCAAUCCAAAACCUGGAAAAGUCGGUGCCUAUGUGCAUCAAUUACCUAAAAUUGACAGGUCAUAGUAUAACGGUGAACAGAGCUGCAUAUGAAUUGGUUGUUUUCGAUGAGAAUCGACAGUUCAAAUUCGAUAUCGACGAACAUGGGAAUCAAGAUUCCAGCGAACUCGAGGAAAAUCCGAAUGAAGUAAGGCUUAACGUGCGAGUUGCUCCAAUUAGACGUCGAGUCAAUGUCAGACGUUUUAAUCGCGGUCCUACUAGGAAUAGUCUGAUAAGACUGAAGAUGGGAAGAAGAGUUGAAGUUCUGAGCUAUCAACGAAAAAUGCAUGAAGCUUUGAAGUAUAUGCUUGGGAAGCUAUUCGGAGGACGUAAUGUGAAAGUGAACCAGCUCGCCAUUGGUUGUAAAAGCAUACUUCGGAUUCCGACCACCGUCAAGUUUAACGUUAAAAUUUUGGAGGUUCUGGAUACCAACAUCUAUAACAACUUGGGAACCGUUUGCUCGAUAAUUGAAGAUUCCAGUCUGCCAUUUAACACGAUAAAAUUCCGGUUGGAAAACUUCACAACUACUAAUAACCCAACCGUACAGGCCGCUAGAAUUUUGCAUGUUCAGGCUAUGUAGAGGAGCGUUGGACACUCCGUGAACGCCGAUGGAAUAACAAUGGACUUGAACGAGACUUCCAAAGUGGUCAUCAAGAAACUUCACGAUGGAAAUAGGUGGAUUUUGAAAAUGAAAGUGGAAAGGCGAUGACU